AUGGUUGCAUUUAUUCAGUACAUUGCUCUCACUGAUAUCAUCCUGGUGAUUUUCACUGUCUUGCCUGAAGCAGUCUCACUAGCUCUGAACAUAUGGGUGUUCGGUGAACUCUUCUGUCGUGUAGAGUAUUGUGUUACCUACAGUGUUAUAGGAACUUUCCUCUUCCUAAUCGUUGCGCUGUCUCUGACAAAAAUACUGAUCCUGAAGUAUCCAUUUAGAGCUGGCAAUCUCUCCACAAAGAUCGCUCAUAUUUCAUCGCUCGCCUUCUUCAUUAGCUGCUUCGUAUUAGCAGCGCUGCCUGCCCUGACAAAGAUAGAUGGUAUCUACUUCAGCUACCUGACCUACACCUGUGUGUUCAGCAGUUCUUCAUCGCAAGACAGUUGGUUCUUAAAGAUCUGCUUCACCUUAAACGGAUUAUUAGGCCUCAUUGGUUUGGUAGUUAUCAUGGUGAGCAAUGUCAUGAUUAUCAUCACAGCUAAGAAGAUUGCUGCUAGAGGACCAGGAGACUCCAGUGGAGGGGGGUGA